CUUCUCAAACACAAACGAUUUUGGUUUGGAAAAAAUAAAACAAACAAAACCUAUUCAUAAUUUGACAUUUCCAGCGUGUUGUUGUACAGUGACCACUUUUCUUUUGUGUAAUCCAAUUUUAUUUUCAUCUUUCAUGGCUUUUCCAACUCUCAGUGCUCAACAAGAAACAAAUCGAAAAAUCCUCGAAGACCUUCAAAUCAAAAAGCAACUCCUGCAGAAGGGUGUUUCACCUGUUUUGCCAAGUGCUAUUUCGGGAAUAAGCCCAGUCCCAGGUCCCAGUCCGGUCCCUCAAAUGAAUCAACCACAACUCAUUCCAUCGCCUAGCACAGACUUCAACCAGAUCUCGGCUAUCCGAGGAGCUCCUUUUAAUCUCUCGAACGCACCUACAUUCGGUUUCUUCGUGCCGCAGGACUCAUUUUAUGGAAACAGCUUCCUGCCUGUCCUUCCCCGUCUUGAACCCCUUCCCGGCACUCCACAAAAAUAA